AAACUUAGAAUAAUAUAUAUUCUUUGAAAUUAUGAAUAAUCUUUUCGUUUUGGUCGUUGUAAUUGCUUUGAGUGUGGGAUUGAACAACGGUAGCAGACUCUUUCCAAAAAACCAAUUAUAUUUUAGAAACUCUUUUAGCAGAAAUACUGAAGUUCUUACGGUUCAUUGCAAAUCUGAAAAAGACGAUCUCGGUAUUCACACAGUGCAACGUUCUUACGUAUAUACUUUUAAGUUUGGGGAUAGCUUUUUCGGUUCGACUGAGUUUGUCUGUACACUAAAGCAUGGGGUUCGUUCUAAAUAUUCUGUAACAUUUACUGCAUAUAAAGAGAAUCCUUCUUUUUAUAUAAGAACCGGUGUCGUUAGAGUUUGGGAGGCUUUAGAUGAUGGGAUCUACCUCACAGAUGAAGAUCAUCAUUUUGAGAAAAUGUAUGAUUGGUAAAAUCUAUCUUUACUCUUGAUGUCCAUAGAUUUCAAGAUAUAAAUUAUAAGAGAAUAUUACUUAAUAUAUUGGAUCUUCGAAAUUAUAUGCAAAUAAUUCACUUCUUCAUCUUCCGUUAUAUUACAAUUUUAUUCUCUACUCUAAUGUAUGUUUGAUACGACUUCAGUAUUUCAGAGAAUUGUUUUAUUGGAUUAUAUAACUUUGGAUUAGUUAUUGAUGGAUCAUGGUUAAGUAAGGACAUGAAU